UCAUCAUCACUGUCUUCAGGUCAUCAGUAGCCUUGAAAGUCCCGGUUCGGUUUCGAUCGCGUUGUUUACCUGUGGGACAAAUCCGACGAAAAUCGUUUUAUCCGUGUUAGUUCCGCCGUAAUUCUGCCCGAAAAGUUAUGUCCGGUCAGUAUCCAAGCGGCUACCAAAGCCCCAGCGGACAUCGCGGUAAUUUCAGCAGUCCGAUGAUGCAGCAGCAGAUGAACCAGAUGGGCGGUGUUCCGAACCAAAUGGGAAUGAUGGGGUUUAAUCAGAGCAAUGUGAUGUCCAACCAGCAGCAAAUGCAAUCCGGUGGAGUGCAAGGUGGUCCCGAUAUGGGCAUGGGUCAGAACAUCCAGCAACAGCAGCAGCAGCAACCAAAUCCAAAUCAAGCAACCGGCCAAGGCCAACAGCAACAGCCUGGUCCGGGUCAAGCGCAACAGCAGCAGCAACAACAACAACAGAAUCCUCAACAGUCGCCUCAGCUGGGAAUGGCUGGAGGGCAGGCAGUUAGUAGCGGAGCACAGACCGCUACGGGUGGCGGAGCGCCACCAGGGCAGCCCAAUGCCGGACCAGUGGCUAACACACAGGGCGCCUCCAACGUUCAGCAGAAAGAAUUCAAUCUACUGACACUGUGCCGGAUUGGCCAGGAAACGGUGCAGGAUAUUGUAAGCCGUUUUCAGGAGGUUUUCGGAUUGCUCCGUGGCAUUCAGCCACCGAAUGGCACCAAUGCGGGACUGUCGUCCAGCAACGACAAGAAAGCCAAGGUGCAGGAACAAUUUCGCACCAUCCGAUUGCUGUUUAAACGGUUGCGGCUGUUGUACGACAAGUGUAACGACAAUUGCCAGCAGGGCAUGGAAUAUACGCACGUGGAAAGUCUGAUCCCGCUUAAGGGGGAACCGGAGCGGGCGGAACCGGUGCACACGGAGGAGUACAAGAAAGCACUGCAAGAAAAUCGCGAGCUUAUUGAGAUUGUAAUGCUGAAGAAUAAGCAACUGCGGGAGAUAAUCGACAAGAUCCGGCUGACCAUUUGGGAGAUCAACACGAUGCUGAGCAUGAGAAGAUGCUGAGUCGAGUCGGCGGCGGGAGGGUAGGUGGAUUUUGUUUUAUUUUUUUCUUAAAUUAUCAGCCGUAAUAUAAGGUCACGACAGUAA